UUAGUCCUGGUUUAGUCCUGGUUUAGUCCUGGUUUAAUCCUGGUUUAGUCCUGGUUUAGUUUUGGCUUAGUCCUGGUUUAGUCCUGAUUUAGUCCUGGUUCUGUCCUGUUUUAGUUUUUAAUCACCGCUGUAACACUUUUAAAACUUUUUAAAACCCACUUCCGUUUUCGCGCUUUAUUCUGAAAGUCUCACCGGAAGCUCUCUCCCUCUUUCGUCCUUCUCUUCUCCCACUUUUUUUUUCCUCUCCGUCCCAAACUUUCCCUGCGCCUCGGACCGGACUAUGGCCAGAGCCGAGGAGCGACCGACCGCGGCGACACGAGGAGUUUCUCUGAGUCUGUGACGCGUAAACAUGACGCAGUCGGUGCAAGUCAACCCCAAACUGACAGACCUGGGCUCGGCGUUCCACUUCUCCAGUCAGGAUGAGCCGGAGCCGGCGUCCUACUCCGUCCAGACGCCCUACGGCUUCCAGCUGGACCUGGACUUCCUCAAGUACGUGGAGGAGAUCGAGAGCGGGCACGGGGCGCGGCGGGCGGCGCCGGGGGGCGGCAGGCGCUCGGUUCGGGGGCUCAGGACGUCCCAGAGGAGCCCGGGGGUGGGGGGGGGCAGGAGCAGCGGGUGGACGUCCACCGAGUCGCUCACGUCUCCGGUGAGCGAGGACGGACGGGUGCCCCCCCCUCCGCCGCCCAGGAACAGGCUCGGAUCUGCCCCCUGCGAGCACCUGUCGCUGUCACCUGUCAGCCUCAUCACCGUCCCGCCCCUGUCGGCCGGCGCCAAGGUGCCUCCCCCUCCCCCCCAGAGGAACCCUCGGGUGGAGCGCACCCUGCUGGAGACGAGCCUGCGCCUGCAACAAGAACAGAACCACCAGAACGGAGCCCCGCCCAAACCUGCCCAGACCCACCCCGCCCCCCCCCCUCUGACCCACCCACCCCGCCCCCCCUCCUCUGACCCAGACUGUCCCCACAGCUGGACCAAACCCAGCCCCCAGACCUCAGGACGCAGCACCCCCGCAGGAGGCAGCAGCAGCACCGCGGUGCCCCCCAGUCAGCUGCAGACGGUCCGGGAGCAGAUGGCGACGGCCCUGAGGCAGCUCAAAGAGAUGGAGGAGCGGGUGAAGGGCGUGCCCGCGCUGGAGAGGGAGGUGGCACAGCUGCGCGCAGAGAAAGACAUGCUCCUGCUACAGCUGCAGGAGAAGAGCGCCGCCCUGGAGGUGACCAAGCAGCAGCAGCAGACGCAGCGUCGAGCCGAGUCCUCCACCCAAACUUCAGAAGAACCUCCAAACCACGAGGAGACGACAGGCAGACGGGCGGAUAAAGAUAAAGACGCAGAAGCCGUGGAGAGGAGGUCGGUGGGCGUCGGGGAGGAGAAGCCGAUGCAUUUAGCGGUUUUCUAUUACAGCCGAGGCGUUAAAGAUGCAGCCGUUAGCGCCGCGGUGACGGUGAACGAGAAAGGAACAGAGACAGAAGCGCGUCCGGGGAAAGAGCAGGAGACGCAGGCGGCGGCGGAGACGGAGGACGUGGAGGUGUGGGUGAUGGAGGCGAUGCUCGGGGUCACGUCGGAAGCGCAGAGAGAAAUGGACACGCUGCAGGACACCAUCAAGUUCCAGCAGGAGUCGAUUCAGGCUCUGGAGGAACGUUUAAGCGAAGCCGGGAGGCAGGUGGAGAACUUCAGAGCCAAGGCGGAGGAGAGCGCGGCCAGAGCGACGAGGGAGGUCGGGGUUUUAGCCGCGCCGGAGACCGCGAGCGUGCAGACGGAGACGAGAGCGGCGGAGGUGAAGGAGGCGGAGGUGUGGUGCGGCGUGGAGGUGAGGGACGCGAGCGUGGGAGGGCAUCUGACGCAGAGCGAGGAGGGGACGCAGACGGAGGAGCAGAAGACGAGUGUGGACGUGGUGAGUGUGGGGUGUCAGUGUGACGAGCUGCAGGUCACAGAGCAGAAGAACGACAAGGAGCAAAGAGCAGAGAAGAUGGAGCCAGAGCCGGAGGAGCCCAUGACCCCGAGGACAGGUUUGCUCAAGUCCAUAAUGAAGAGGAGCGACGGGAACGGCUCCGAGACCCGCAGCACCAACAAGAAGAGCCUGCAGUUUGUGGGGAUCCUGAACGGAGGAUACGAGUCCACGUCGAGUGAAGACGAGGAGGAGGAGGGAGAGGAGGAGGAGGAGGACGGGAGCUCGUCGGGGGACAGCGAGGACAGCGAGGAGGAGGAGAGCGGGGACGGCGUGGAGGACGGCGAGAGCUCAGAGGACGAGGCGGUGCUGGAGGUGGAGACGUCGGAGGAGGAGAGGAACGUGAAUCUGGACGAGAGCGACACGGACGAAGAGGCUCUGAGAGCGACUGAGCGCAGCGGCCCCGAGGUCAAAGAGAAGUUUGAACUGAGCUCAAAGAUGCGUGAAGCCUGCCUCAUCCUGAAGAACCACCUGAGCCAAGAGCACAGCGCCCCCCAGAGUAAAGAAGUGCUCGCCAGCUCCCACACGGUGCAGAUGGAGUGGUUCCGAGUGUCCAGCGCGAAGACGUCGGCCCCGUCGCGAGUGUCCGAUUACCUCAUGGCGUUCUCCGAGGUGUCCGCCGCGCUCCUGGGACACGUGGUCAACAUGGCCGACGGCAACGGCAACACGGCUCUGCACUACAGCGUCUCCCACUCCAACUUCAGGGUGGUGGGGCUCCUGCUGGACACCGGUCUGUGCAGUGUGGAUCAGCAGAACAAAGCGGGCUACACGGCCAUCAUGCUGGCGGCUCUGUCCACGGUGAAGGAGGACGACGACAUGGAGGUGGUGAAGAAACUCUUCGCUCAGGGCAACGUCAACGCCAAAGCCAGUCAGGCGGGUCAGACGGCGCUGAUGCUGGCGGUGAGUCACGGGCGUCUGGAGAUGGUUCGCGCUCUCCUGGAGUGCGGCGCCGACGUCAACAUCCAGGACGACGAAGGCUCCACGGCCCUGAUGUGCGCGAGCGAACACGGGCGCACAGAGAUCGUCAAGCUGCUGCUGGACACGCCCGGCUGCGACGUCUCCCUCGUCGACCAUGUGAGACAAACACACACACACACAUCAGCUUCUAUUUUUAGUCGACCUGAUCGGCUUUUAUUGCUACUUUUAAACUUCUUAACCCGCCGCCUGGUAAAUGGGAAAAUGUCCAAUCCCAUCGUUUUAUUUAUUUAUUAUUUUUUACUAUUUAUAUAUUUUGCAGAUAUAACAUGACAAUAAAAAGAAACACACGAGAUAAAAAGUAGGUCCCGGAAAAGGCAAAAACCCCAAUAGGGCGAAAUAUUAAAGGUUGUAUGGAGGUUUUUUUUUUUGUUUCAAAUUGUCAAUGAAAGUUUAAAAUACCAGUACAGAGACGCAGCAGCUUUGUAAUUAUGAUGACAAAAAAAAAAGAAUGAAAAUUUAUCAACUGUGGACGUGUUGAGGCCAGAUACACAUCAGCCAAUAGAAAACGAGGCUGCCUCUUUAUCUAUUGGCUGUUAGGUCGUCAAUCAAACUCCCUUCGUUUCUAGUGUAACUGACUCGUCGGGAUGCAGGGAUCACGUGGUUUAUGCAGCGGUUCUUAGAGGCUUUUUCAAAACUGUCGCUUCCUCACAUUUCGCACAAAGUUUGUUGCGACGGCGGACGAGAAUCCACGAGCAGUUCGCCGCAAAAGAAAGUCGGUUUUUGAGGUCGCUGAAAGAAGAAGAGAAG